GCAUCCAAUUUGGCAGGCGAAAACAGUUUCUCUUUUAAGAAAAAGAGAGCUCUAAAUUGAAUUCAAGUGGCUCAAACAAACUUCGAUCCCAUCUCCUAUAUAUAUAAUCGAAACGUAAGCUAAGUGUUAGCCAUCUCCAAGAUUUAAGAAAGCAAAAAUAGAUUAAAGAAGAAGAAGCUUAAGAACAAACCUCAAAAACUCUCAAGUGUUUUUCAAUCUCGCAUCAAUCUAGUAAGGUGAACCUUUUGUAGCAAAUGAGUGCACUGUCGACAAUUUUUGGGAUUGUAUAAACGUUGGUUUGUUGUCAUGGGCUGUGCAAGCUCGAAGAGAAGCAAACAAUUACAUGGUUAUGAAGAUCCAAGUGUUCUUGCUGCUGAAACACCUUUUACGGCUAGUGAAGUAGAGUCCCUGGAGGAGCUUUAUAAGAAACUAAGCAAUUCGAUAAUUGCAGAUGGACUUAUUCACAAGGAAGAAUUCCAUUUAGCCCUCUUCAAGAACAGAAAUCAGAGGAAUCUUUUUGCAGACAGGGUUUUUGAUUUGUUCGAUCUCAAACGUAAUGGGGUCAUCGAGUUUGGUGAGUUCGUUAGAUCAUUGGGCAUCUUUCAUCCCAAUGCACCUGUGGCUGACAAAAUCGCAUUUGCAUUCAAGCUUUACGACUUAAGACAAACCGGCUUUAUUGAGCAUGAGGAGUUGAAGGAAAUGGUUUUGGCACUUCUGCAUGAAUCGGAACUGGUUCUUUCGGAAGACAUCGUUGAGAUGAUUGUCGAUAAGACAUUUAGCGAAGCAGACACAAAAGGUGACGGCAAAAUCGAUCUAGAAGAGUGGAAAGCAUUUGUAUCAAAAUAUCCAUCUCUCAUAAAGAACAUGACUCUCCCAUAUUUGAAGGAUAUAAGCAUUGCAUUCCCCAGCUUCGUGGUUCUGCCCGAAAUCGAAGAUUCGGAUGUUAGCGUCUCCGUUAAUGGAGAUUAAAUAUCUGAUUUUGUCAAAACGUUUUGCACUAAUCUAAUUAAGUUAUGAAGCCGAUGAAUCCCGAGUACGAAGGACGACCAAAAGUUCAUAAAAAUCACAAUCUGCAAAUGGAUCAGCAGUUAAACGUUCUUCAAAAUCUGGGGUUUGCACUCUUUUGUAUGUACAGUGUUGUUUUAUAUGUUUUGGGAAUGUUCAUAUUACUGUUGAGUAUCAGAAAAUUUUGUGAAAAGAA